AUGGGUUGUAGUUCUACUAAAGGAAAAAGGAAGGGUUCACUAUCUAUUCCAUAGACUAGUAUUUUGAAAAAGUCGAUUCCAUAACAAUAAUUUAAAUAUGAAAUCGUGAAUACUAAAAAGAAGACUCUUAGUUUUUAAAUGUUAUCAAUAAAUUCAUUAGAAGUAAAUAGAAGAAGUAUUCUUACAAGACAGAUAAUUUCGGAUUGA